CUCGUCUAAUGCGCUCAAAUCACAGAGCAGUACGUCGCACGACGCACUGGAGAGCUACCGCCACUAGCAGGCCUACCGCCUGCCUGUGGGGGGAAAAAAGCCAAAAGGGCUGGGCUAAGAGAGGAAUCAAACCACAACCUGAGCUGCGCUUCCAUCACAAACCAGUUUGGGAGAAAGUAUGUUCUAGAGGAGAGGCUAGUGCAUAACAAGUCACAAACUGUGGCUCAAAACUCGGAUUUCUCUGCGCGCUAAACGUUAAGAAGGCAGCGUCAGAGUUUUGUAUUGGAGUCCAUUUUGAGGUGCUAAGGCUAAUAUCAUUUUCUGCAAGUGUUAGUUAAUCGCGUUUGUUGUUCUGCAUUUGUGCUGGAUCUGUUUUUGUUUUGGUGUGCGCAAUGAUGGACACUUACCAAAACCCAGAGGAUGACGCAAUGGCCCUGAUGGUCCACGACACCAACGCCGCGAAGGACAAGGAGCGACCGAAGGAGGAACCGGUCCAGGAAAAGAGUUCGGAGAAAACGGACCCGUCUCAAAAACCACCAUAUUCGUAUGUGGCUCUCAUUGCCAUGGCCAUCCGGGAGAGCACAGAGAAGCGCCUGACUCUAUCUGGUAUUUACCAGUAUAUAAUCACCAAAUUCCCUUUCUACGAGAAAAACAAGAAAGGCUGGCAAAACAGUAUCCGGCAUAACUUGAGUCUGAACGAAUGUUUCAUCAAAGUUCCUCGCGAGGGAGGCGGCGAGAGAAAGGGGAAUUACUGGACCCUUGACCCGGCGUGCGAGGACAUGUUCGAGAAGGGAAACUACAGAAGGAGACGUCGAAUGAAACGUCCCUUCAGACCUCCACCGACCCAUUUCCAGCCCGGGAAAUCACUCUUCGGCGGUGAUGGGUACGGCUACCUGUCCCCUCCAAAGUACCUGCAGUCCAGCUUCAUGAACAACUCGUGGUCGCUGGGCCAACCGCCCACCCCGAUGUCCUACACCUCCUGUCAGAUGGCCGGUGGCAACGUGAGUCCAGUAAAUGUGAAAGGCCUGUCCGCUCCCUCCUCGUACAACCCGUACUCCCGGGUGCAGAGCAUGGGUCUCCCCAGCAUGGUGAACUCUUAUAACGGCAUGAGCCAUCACCACCACCCGCACGCUCACCAUGCCCAGCAGCUGAGCCCGGCGACCGCUGCGCCGCCCCCGGUCUCCUCCAGCAACGGAGGUGGCCUGCAGUUCGCCUGCUCCCGCCAGCCUACGGAGCUCUCCAUGAUGCACUGUUCGUAUUGGGAUCACGAGAGCAAACACUCCGCGUUACACACGAGGAUUGACAUUUAGAGUUUACCAGAGGGCCACUUGUAAAAUGGACUCUUGUGAGAGAAAGACAAUAAGUCAAUUCCUGUGUAUUCAAAACAGAAACAAAAUUAUUUUUGAAGAGACAAUACUAUGACGGGCUCUUUUGAUCCAAAUAAUGUACUGAACAUUCAUAUGGAAAGACAUCCAAGUGGGGAUGGUGAGAGAAUUUUCAAAAACGGUAAAUUGUGAGAUUAAUUGGUCACAACUAAGCACGAGGUAGCAUAACUUUUUGUUGCAUUGGACAGAAGGCCGUGCUAUUGUAUGUUAUAUUUGUCAAAUCCGGCCAGUUCCCUUUUCGCGGGGAUACGAAUUCCAUGAAAACAAAACAAACAAAACCCUCUCCCUGUCUUGGAAUUUUAAACAUCACCUGAACGAGUGAUAAUUGAAUUAGAACUCCUACGUAUUUCAACCAGUAUAGUGCACUGAGCGGACUCCAGCAAAACCAGGUGAAAUGUUGAUUCUUUAGCCUGUCUUUAUUUUUUUUAUUACCGUGUCACAGUUCUUACUCGGGAUGCAGGGGGGGAGAUAGAGCACCGUCAGAAGGAGCAAUACCAAAGAUGUGUUACUUCGGGGGGUCAUCGACUUUUUAGGCUUCGUGACCUCUGAUAGAGAUGGUUUGGUUUCCGAUAACAUUCAGUCCAGUGCCAGAUUUUUUUUUAACCUUUCUUGUUUUUUAUAAUCGUAAUUAUUUUUGUCUCAUUCAUGUUGGGACCAUGUUAAAUUAGCACUUUUCCCUCUUUUUCUAGUAUUUUGAAUUUCUUAAUAAACUUGUAUUUCUUUCAACGUAAAACAUUGGUCAUUAAUUAAUCGUUAUUUUUUUGCAAAAACGGUAUUGUCUAAACCACAAAUUUCAACAAUUAUUAACGAUAAUAUUAUGUUCAUUAUUAUUAUUAUUAAUAUUAUUAUUAUGUGGUCUAUCACUAAACAAAUGCAUGGCCGUUAUUAUCCGGCUUGCAACGUAAGCUUAGAACUAUACAUUCCACAGAUGAAGUUCAUUGGAAUUCUAUCCGUGAAAGUUGUUCACUUAGGUCUAAACCCGAAUGUGUAUUUUUGUCUUGAAAAUGUUCAUGUUAAAUUCCAGUUAUUUCAACAUUUUUGCCAUGUAAAUCAUUUGCGUAAAACAUCUCCAAAUAUCUAGCAGAUUUAGCUAAAGUUUAGUUUACUGGUAGUUGGUUGGAUAUUUCAGUUUUUUACACUAAAUAUAUAUUCUUCAGUUCGAAAGUAGUUUUGGAAAAUGCAGUUUAAUUCUAAACCAUUUGAACUGCUAAGCUAUUAAUUAGACCUUAAUUUGAUUCCAGUGCCAACCCUGUUGCUUAACACAUGGAAACACCUCGUGGCCUGCUCUGGGAAAUUGCAUGCAUUACAACUUUUGGCCAAAAUGAAAGCGUGAACUUCUGCUUUAUCUGAAUAGUCUACAUUCAUUAUUCGAGUUACCAAAUACAUCUACGGCAACUCAUUUGUCAGCAGAGUGCAACAAUUGAAGAGAGAAAAUCAAAGUAAAAGCUGUGCGUGUUUAAGAAGACGUUGUGAACUUCAGAGGGUAUUUUGGCAGUCGUUGUUCCGAGGGCGAAUGCUUAGCAGAAACAGAUGCUGCAGAAGUUAAGGGUCGCCAUCCCAGUCAUUCCAUUUAAUCAUUAUCCCCAUAUGAUGUAGGCUAACCUCCAUUAUGUGUUUAAACGAAUUGUGGCUUCAGCUCAGUGAGCUUUUCCAAGGAGCAUGGAGGGUUUUCUCUGUGUGCUUAUCAACUGCUCAUGCAUAAUUGCUCAGUGGCACUUGAUUAUUAUUACUGUAUUAUUAUUAUUAUAAAUGAACGUUAUUAUUAUUGUUAUUAUGAUUAUUAUUAUGGCCUGUUAUUAUCAUUUACAAUAAGGUGAAUUUGGUGAACUAAGGAGUUUGGUCAUGGAUGAAUUCGAAAUCAUUUUGCCAUCCACCCGAAACAAAUGUUCUGUUACACUAUGUAGUUUACCAUUACUGCACGAUUCUUAUCUAAAGAUUGACGGGGACUGACGUGUCUUACACGUUGCUUGGCUAUCAGUUGGGUUGUCCAGAUAUUCGACUAAAUUAUCCUUGGCCAAAUAUUUUCAAUUGAUAUAGCCUAGACCUUUGUUGGCUUAUCUGCUGGAAAUCAAGCUAUUUGUAUCCAUAUGAGCUAAGACCAUUUCUUACAUAUGAGUUAAGACCAUUUCUUACAUAUGAGCUAAGACCAUUUCUUACAUAUGAGCUAAGACCAUUUCUUACAUAUGAGUUAAGACCAUUUCUUACAUAUGAGCUAAGACCAUUUCUUACAUAUGAGCUAAGACCAUUUCUUACAUAUGAGCUAAGACCAUUUCUUACAUAUGAGCUAAGACCAUUUCUUACAUAUGAGCUAAGACCAUUUCUUACAUAUGAGCUAAGACCAUUUCUUACAUAUGAGCUAAGACCAUUUCUUACAUAUGAGCUAAGACCAUUUCUUACAUAUGAGCUAAGACCAUUUCUUACAUAUGAGCUAAGACCAUUUCUUACAUAUGAGCUAAGACCAUUUCUUACAUAUGAGCUAAGACCAUUUCUUACAUAUGAGCUAAGACCAUUUCUUACAAAUGAGCUAAGACAAGUGACGUGUGAGUGGGCUGGGUUGAGCGCAAAGUAAUGGAUGGCACCAUACUGUUUUCCAACAUCUUUUGCUAAACAAAACAUAAAACAUAAAACCUAAGCCUCUAGGCAAUAUGACGUGUCGUGAACGUUUAAAACGUAUUUCAGUCUCUACAAUCCCUACAUUUAACCGACCUACAGGCUACAAAACAAAUACAUCCGCAUAGAUUGAAACGAUGUUUCAUGUUGAUGCCUAAAUUGCUAUGGUCUAUCACUGGAGAAUGAUGCUAUAACUUUACACACGUCUAUCCAACCCUGUCGUUUUUGUCUGAACGCGCUGAAUCAGAUGUCGGCCUACGUGCACUUCCUCGUGAGGCCCACGAGGGCGGUUGCCAACCCUUGGGGCAGUGACGCUCUUGAAAAGAGAGAAGUGGUGACGAGUGAGAAGCUUUCAAUACACGUCUAUUCUCAACCCUCUUCCACCUAUUAUCCAUUUCCUAACACUCAGGUUCAUACUCGAAGAGUUAUCGGGUGACUAUCGUAUGGUUUAAAACGUUUUUACAACGAUGAUGUAAGGAUUUUUAUACAUACAAGUUAGCACAAGUUGCCAUUAAUAUAUUAUAAGCAAAUACUUGUUUGCUUGAUAUGCUUGUAUGGAUGCAUAUGUGAUGCGCACAGAGUAUAUUGUGACCCUUUCCUUAAUUCGUUAUUCAUUGUGCGGGCAAGGUGAGUCACGAAAAGAAUACAUGUCCUUGUCGUUUGUACGCUUGGAGAAGAUGAUUAUAAUGAAAAUUAAACUCAUGACUUAUUGACCCAUAUAGUGUUUUCCCAGUUAUAGUCUAUGCCUUGAAGCACUGUUGAUAAACAGCCAUGGUAUAUAAAGCAGUUAUCAUACUAUCAGCAGGUGCAUGUUUAUCAACAGGCCUGGUGCCACUUUUGCAUCGUUUUACUUUCAGCUGAAGGGCCUCGGUUGAAAAGAUUGGUGUAACGCAUUAGCCCGCCUUUGUAAUCACAUGUGUAUGAGGCUAAAUGUACAUAUAUGCAGCCCAACAGAAACCAUAAUGGUUAACGUUUUUAGCUUUCUUUGUGGGCGUAUUCCAUAACUGGAGAAUAUAUAUGCAUAAGAGCCUAUAUAGCGUAUUGAAUGAACUAUGUGUAUAACAACUCUCGUUUAAACACAGACAACCAAGCGACCAAUUUGUUAUUUUUAACCUAAACAAAUAGUCAUUUAAUGUCUUUUGAAUAUCAGAGAAUAAAUCGCUUCGACCCACAAACGAAAGUCAAUGCAUUUAGCCAUAGCCUAGAAUGGAGGAAAAAUGCUUGUUGUGAAAUGUCAUGUGUAAUUUAUGUUGUUAUAGCAGAAGAUAAAUUCAACAAAUCUUUGUAGGAUAUAAAUAAAUAAACAUGAUAAACAA